CCCUUAUCAAUGUCACAACGUCUUGCAUUUGUGGUGGUGUCGCUGUGUUCACAGGUAAGGCAAACUGCCCUUACUAUGCCAAAGCUGAACUCCUGGCGGACUAUCUCCAGGCUAACUUGCCAAACUUCAGGGUUCACAAGAUCACUCAGCACCCCGAUAAAUGGGAGCAGUGGCUUCAUGACAUUUGUGAAGAGAAUGGAUGGGAACACAGGUGUUCUCCUAUCAUUUGGAGAGAACUGUUGGACCGUGGAGGGAAGGGUCUGCUUCUAGGAGGACUUAAUGAUUUUCUGGAAUACACUCAGCACUAUUAUGGCAUCACCUCAAGGAUGUUGAGUGAGGAAAUGUUAAGCAUUGCUGAGGAGAACCUCCAGGAGUAUAUUGAAAUUGAAAAAGAGGAGGAAGAGGUUAAAGGUCUUAUCAAGCCUUUGCAGAUCUGGAUCACCAGUGCUUCGACUCCAAUCUGUUAUCACCUGAUCCCUCUGUUGGCAAAUGGAGAAGUAUUUGGGAUGACCACAGAAAUCAGUAUUCAUUUGCUUGACACUGACCAGUUUAAGGAAGUUCUUUGUGGUAUUGUAAUGGAAGCUGAGGACAUGGCACUCCCACUCCUCCACAGUAUUUCAGAACACACUGAAAUAGAUGAGGCUUUUAUUCAAGCAGAUGUUGUCAUUGUUCUUGAUGAUGUCCUCUUAAACUGUGAAGUCCAGUCCCUUGAGAACUACAUCAGAGAAGUGAGUGAGAUCUGUCAAGUAUAUGCUCCCUUGAUUGAGAAGAAUGCCAAGAGUGAGGUCAGAGUAAUUUCAUCAGGAAAAACCUUUGUAAACCUUAAGGCGCUGAUGAUUAUGACAUACGGUCCAUCCAUUAAACCUAAAAACAUCAUUGCUGUUGCGACAACCUGGGAAAGUGCAACUAAAGCCACCCUGGCCAGGAAGCUGAAUACAAAUGUAGCAGGAGUUAAGAAUGUGAUUGUUUGGGGCAAUAUUACUGGCUCUAACUACAUUGAUUUGUCACAUGCAAAACUUUAUGGAUAUGACUGUGCUAUUUGGGGCCCAGCUGAUUUUUCACGCCCUUUGUUGAAUAUGAUUUAUGAUAGCAAAUGGAUCCAUUCAGAAUUGCAAUCCGCACAGAGUUCACUGAGUUCCCGGCUCUGUCACUAUGUGGGAAUGUUACCUGCUCACGCGGUGGCCACUGUACUAAGAUACUGGUAUCAUGGCUCUCCUCCUGGGGAAAUAAUUUCUGUGGGAAUACGUACUGAAGGUCAGUUUUGUGUUCCUGAAGAUAUUGUCUUCUCUAUGCCGGUGAGGUUCCAGAAUGGUAACUGGGAAGUCGUGACAGAAUUAGCAAUCAAUAAAGAGACCCAGGGAGUUCUGGGGCGCUUAGCCCAUGAGCUGAUUCAGGAAAAGCUCAUUGCACUAAAGGAAAUACAAGAAAUGCAACCAUACGGAGGUGAUCAAAUCCCUAGUUAA